ACCGUCCACAAACGCAUCAGUUGAGCCUGCCGCACGUUGCUGAAAGAUCUUCUUCCUCCAAGAUGGCCGCAAGAAACGGGAAUUAGUUGACUUGCGUCCUGCAUUUUAGAUCAGAACACCUGGAUUAUAAUCUUCUGAACGAUGGUUGAAGGAAUUCCCGAGAUAGCCGCCAUGUGCAUCGGCCUGGUAGGGCUUAUCGGCGCAGCCGCCACCACCGGCAUGCCCAUGUGGAAGGUAACGGCGUUCAUAGGGGAGAACAUCAUCGUCAUGGAGACCCGCUGGGAAGGCCUGUGGAUGAACUGCUACCGCCAGGCGAACAUAAGGAUGCAGUGUAAGGUGUACGACUCGCUCCUGUUCCUGCCUGCCGAGCUCCAGGCCGCCAGGGGUCUCAUGUGCUGCUCGGUGGCCUUGUCCGGACUAGGGCUCAUGAUAGCCAUUUUGGGGCUACGUUGCACUUCCUGUCUCCAGGGUAACAAAAGGGCAAAGAAUGUGAUCCUGUCGGUGGCAGGCGGAAUGCAGCUCCUGGCUUGUGUCUGUGUCUUCAUCCCAGUGUCGUGGACUGGUCAUGUGAUCAUCCGGGACUUCUACAACCCGUUGUUAAUCGAUGCACAGAGAAGAGAACUAGGGGAUGCCCUUUACAUCGGCUGGGUGACGGGAGCCGUUCUUUUCUGCUCCGCCUUGUUGUUCAUCUGCAGUCGUCAGACCUCGGACAAAAGGUCAAAUGCUCUUUACCACCCGCCACACUUGCUCAGAUACAACACGCCGCCGAGGAACCUCAAUCCGAUGAUGUAUCAGCCCAUUUCAAGUGUUUCCAGCCUUAGAUCCAACAUCUUCCAACCAUCCCUGCAGCACAGCUCUGACGCACAUCAGCUGGUCAAUCCUCAAAUAGUGACAAGCGACGCCGCACGAGCCACACUGCCGGUCCUCCUGAACCCAGGCCGGCCUGAAAGCACAACGCUCUUGUUUCAAGGCAACGAAGUCUAUCAUUCGUCCAUGAGAAGCUCGAACCCGCUCGGAAAGCUGUACACACCAGUCAACUCCUUGUACAUGAGCCAGAACAGCGCGCCGUACACGCUGGCGUACGAUCCCUCUGUGUCCUACGAUCCCUCUGUGUCCUACCAGUCCAGUUUCCAGCCCACGCCUCAAGCUCCUGUGUUCAUUCCAUACAGAGCUUCAAGAAUUGAACCAGGGUCUUACACUGGAAGCGGCGCAGGCAUGUACAUAUAAGGAAAAUUCGCCUUUUUUGUUGUGGCUAGUCUUGACAAUGAAGUCUGGUUACUUUUGAAUACCAAACAUUUAGAAGUGUUUGUGUUUCCAUGAAUGUAUUGAUCGGCAUUGAAACCUAUAUAAGGUGUAGGUCCCACAGCUGUAUAUUUGUCUUUCAUGUGUUACAUCAGGUCUUUAGGUGGCAGUAUUAGGCCUUGUUCACACUGCAGAUCAAUUCUGGUUUGUUGUCCAUAUGUUGUUGUGUUGUGUUCAUGUCGAUAUGAACGGUCAAAUUCGCAACUGGACUGCUUGGUUUGUCUUGGAAGACAUUUCGCCGCUCAUCCGAGUAGGCUUCAUCAGUUCGUGCUCAUAGACUUAGAUUGGUCAGAUCAAGUACGCUGGACUGGUAGUAGUCGAUCCACAACUAUUGUUCUGCCACACAAUACCUCAAGACACUUUACACUCCUGCUCCUAGUGCCACCAACACUGGUUUAAAUGUAACUUAGAUAUUGGGUUUCACAAUUUAAAGUGCUUUGAGUCACUAGAAAAAAGCACUAUAUAAAUAUAAUUCACUUCACUUAUAUGCAUAUAUAUAUAUGCAUAUAUAAUAUAUUUAUGCAUCAUAUAUACAUAUAUAUAUAUAUAUAUAUAUAUAUAUAUAUAUACACACUAUAUAUACAUAUAUAGACACUAUAUUUAUAUAUAUAUAUAUAUGCAUAUAUAAUAUAGUAAUAUAUUUAUACAUCAUAUAUACAUAUAUAUAUAUAGACACUAUAUAUACAUAUAUAUAGACACUAUAUAUAUAUAUAUAUAUAUAUAUAAACACACACACACACAUAACAUGUAUUUUUUUCAAUCGAUUCUCUUAAACUAUUAAUCGACUUAAAAUCGCCACUUAAAUGUGAAUGGAUUUCUUUUAAUGCCCCUAAUGUAUAGUCCAUAAAAUAAAAAUAAAAUCAAAGACCGCUUCAAUCAAGCGGUAGAUGGCAGCAGCUUGUUUACUUGCUAUUUAGUGCAAACCUGUUUGUGUGGAGCCAGGACAGCAUCAUGUUUCCAAAAGCAUGAAAGAUGAAACCUGCAACCGACACGUCCCCUAUGCACCGUGUGGGAAUACGCACAGCAAUGUCCAAACGCCUGCAAAACACAGGAAGGAUCCCCAACCAUAAACCCACAAAUUCUGCAAACAAAUUAAAGUUGCACAUUCAAAAAAACAAUGCCAAAAAUACGCACACAAGCACAAAAAACAAAUGUUUGCAAAAUUGCAGCAAUUUGGCAGGACAAAACAAAGGUUUGAAAGGCUAAACCUACGCUAUGUCAAUCAGUUGUUUUGUCAAAUACUAUAGUUAAAUUAGGAGUGUGUGACACAACCUACACUCCCUUGCAAAAAGGUUAGAGGUAGACUCAGCUCCUCACUGUUCACAUAACACAGACGUCAUAACGUCAUCAAAGCUCCCAUUUAUGAUUCACACACAGCGCCAACAAGACGGGUACAAAUAUGAUGAAUCUAUUUGUGGCAGCAUCGGACUGAAUCAUCUUGAAGUUUCACUUUUGCAUCUCAUAUCACAUAAUUGUGGUGCGUACAAGGACCCUUGAUUUAAGUUCUUCAUAAGAGGCUUAACCCCCAGUAGAUGCACGAACAAUAAAAUAAAAUGUAUAAAUAUGUAUUCGUUUGAUUAUUAUUAAUAUGCACUGAUGGAAAUCGUACAUGGAUCUAACAUAUGCAUGUAAACAAUUACUGGACAGAUAAAAUGUGUUGAUAGUUUGCACAAUAAACAAUUGUCUAACAAAA